UCUCCGCGGCGACGCACAUCUGCGCGUAAAUCUGUGUUGCCAUUUCUAAAUAUAUACCAUAUUAUACCAGUGUUGCCAGUUGCGUAUAGUGCUUUUGUGUAUAUAGUGUAUUGUUUAUUAGUGAUUAGGUCAUUACACCAAUACUUAAAUUAAAGUAGAAAGUGUUUGGGUACUAGAAGCUUAGCGACAAUAAAAGAUUUCGAAGACUGAUCGAAGGCCUAAAUUCAAUUAAGAAGUGAUAUUUUCGUUUCGAGGACGUGUGUUGAAUUCUAAACAGAACGCAAGAUUUUUCGCUUUUAUUAAGCUGGCAACACAAUGGUUAUAAAAAACAAAGGGUCGGCGUGACGGGGCACUAUAAGCCCACGAGUGGUUACUGCGACAAAUAUUGUGGCGCGUGCGCCGCGCGGAGCGCCGCCAAACUGGGCGAGCACGCGGCGAUGCUCGCGGUCGCCAUCUGCUGCAUUCUAGUGCUGCUUCUUGUCUUCAUCAUACUGAUCAUCGUCGUCGGCCAGAACGUUGAAGCUAAGACUGGAUCGUAACAGCAGAGAGAGUGCGAUCGUACUUUCGUGAGCCGCGGGGGCGCCAGCAACGGGACAUUCACAGCCCCAGAACUCCACAAUCCAUACAAUCAGAGUCGGCAGUGCCUAUUCACAUUCCUGGCAGCACCUGGACAGCGAGUGCUCGUCGAGUUUCGGACUUUCGACCUGAGAGGGAAGCCGCCAGAUGGAGCGGCGUUGGGAGAAUUACCAGCAUGCAUGCACGAGUACAUGGACAUAUACUCAGAGAUGUCCUCUUUGGAGACAGGCGAGCUGGUCAACUCGGCCUUCGGAGGACGUUACUGCGGCCCUAUUCCUCCGCGACGCCGCGUGUCACUUCACCGCGCAGUCGCUCUCGCAUUCUUCACCGACCAUACAUACACGCCAUCUACUCUGUUUUACGGGAUCUAUCGGUUCAUCAACUCAACGGAAUUCGAAGUGGGAACGCCCAUACCGAACACGUUGUGCUCGUACGUGAUCGACGUGGGCAAACGCAAAACGGGGCUGCUGGUGUCUCCCACCUAUCCCGGGAUAUAUCCGAAGGACAUCACGUGCAACUACCAGUUCGUCGGACAACCGGGACAGCGAAUACGGCUCGAGUUUCGAGACUUCGACCUGUUUUUCGGCGGGCCACACUGCCCAUUCGAUUGGGUGCGCGUAUACGACGGUCCCGACAACACAUCCGCAAUCAUAGGCACAUAUUGCGGCCAGCAACGGAACCUGGUGCUGUACUCCAGCGACGAACGUCUCCUGGUCACCUUCUUUACGCUGCCACGAGCCGCCAACACACAGAACCGCGGGUUUAAGGGCAUCUUUGAGUUUUCCGAAAGUUUUGUUAAAUUAGAUUUUAUAAGUAAACACGACGCUGAGCACAUUAGGGGCUCGGAGUGUGAUCAAAAAAUUCUUAGCAAAAAGGAAUCGUCUGGAUUUGUGUACCAUCCAAAUUAUCCAUUCCCUUAUAUACAAAAAGUUGUUUGUAGAUAUUUUAUAUAUGGUAUGCAAGACUCACAGAAUCUCGAGCGAGUGCGGUUGGAGUUUCAGAACUUUUCUAUACCUAAAGACAACUCAAAGCCCGACACUUGCUCCGAUGGAUAUUUGAAGGUUUACCUUCGAGGACAGGAAGCAACUGAUUCAUAUGACAAGCAUGAUGCAGAGCUAUGUGGAGAUGGCGACGUAAUACCAUCCUUCCCACCACCUCUCCUUUCUGAUGGCCCUCGGCUGGUUCUGGUCUUUAGCUCUGGAGAGUUGCAGGGCCGUGGAUUUAAGGCUAAAUAUACCUUUGAAACGGAGUACCGUGUCCCGGGCACCGCAGCGCCAGGUGGAGAAUGCGCGUUUACAUAUCGUUCGGAAGCUAAAAAGAGAGGAGAGUUUAAUUCCCCACGUUAUCCCUCUAACUAUCCCUCUCACACCAAUUGCACGUAUACGCUCGUCGCGACACCUAAUGAACAAGUGACUGUCGUCUUCGAUCACUUCAAAGUCAGAGCUGAUGCUUGGAAUGCCACUGCUGGGUUAUAUGGGGGAGCAACUUGUAGCGAAGAUUGGUUGGAAGCCUGGUGGACGGGAAGGGAAGGUACAAGAGUACCUUUGGGACGGUGGUGCGGUCUUGCCACGCCGGGACCUCUGCAGUCCCCAAGAGGAGCUCUCGGACUUCUAAUUGCAUUACAUACUGAUUCGGAGGCUGUUGCAUCUGGUUUUAAAGCAAGAUAUGUUUUUGAGCCCGCUAAAUCGAUAUUCGGAGACUGCGGCGGUAACGUAUCCGGUUCUCCUUGGGGUGUAGUAUCAUCACCUCGCUACCCUCUUCCUUAUGAAGCACCAGCUAGAGGAGCAGCAUCGAGGGUCUGCAACUGGUUCAUAACGGCUAAGCCUGGAAGACGUCUGCUGCUUAACUUCGAUCAUUUUGCCGUUGAAGGCCAUCUCACUGAACGCGGUUGCCCUGCAGCAGUUCUUCGACUCUGGUAUGAAAGUCCAGGACCUCCAUUGGAGUUGUGUGGUGAAAAAGCACCUGGUGAUCGGUGGCAGUAUCUCUCCUCUUCUAAUUCCAUCAGGCUUUCGUUUAUAAUAGCGGACAAGUCGGUAGGAGCUGCGGGUUGGCGGGCUGUAUGGACGGAAGUGACAGUAGGUGUAGGUGAAGAGUGUCCCGAAGUGUGUGGCGGCGCGUGUCUUCCGCCUGGAGCUCUGUGCUCUGGUCUUCCACACUGCGCAGGACAGCACAAGUCUCCACGAUGCGAAGAUGCGCAUCCGGCGGACAGCGACGGCAGCACAGUAUGGUGGGUUGCGGGGUGCGCGGGUGGAGGGUUCGUAACGUUGGGCGUGUGUUGGCGUCGCCGGCGCAGGGUCCCUCGAGGCCCACCGCCACCGCCACGCCCGCCCCCGAGACCCCUUGCUGCGAGGCUGGCAGCCCCCACGGAUACAGUGUGACCGAAUACAAUAAUUUAAUUA